GAGGAAGAGAACACGGCCUAACCAGCCCCCUAAAACACCCUGAAGAAGAAAAUCUCAGUGAAGACCGGAGAAAAGGAUAGGAAAAGCGGCGAGGUGCUGAGAAAAAGGAAAGAGAAAGAGAACAGCAAGAGCGGAGAACUCAAACUCCGGAGCCGUUGUAAAGGCUGGCAGGCAGGCAGGCUGGCAGGCUCCCCCACGCUGAGUGACCGUGUGUGUGGCGGCCCUGCUACUCUGCUGCUCUCACCACACCGAGAAGAAGACACCACAGCGCUGCUGCCGCCGUGCCCGUUCCCGUGCCCAGCAGCACACACACACACACACACACACCGCGGCGGGGAACAGUGGUUUUUGACAGAGAUCAAGAAGUGAAGAAAGAUGUCGUUUAAUUUUGCAGGAGGCGCAGGAGGGGCCAGCGCUCCCAAGACAACCGCCAGUAGCUUCAGUUUUCCCACCAUGACCACCUCCACGGCGAGCACCACCGGCACCAGUGGCGGCGGCUUCAGCUUCGGCUCUGCCCUGGCCCCCCAGACCUCUGUGGCAUCCCCUUUUAGCUUUGGCACCACACCUGCAGCCUCCACAGCCGCAGGCACCACUGGCGGCUUCUUCUCCCCUCCGGCCACCACCACUCAGCCGCCAGCACCAGCCAGCAGUCUCUUCUCGGCCCCUCCUGCCUCCUCCGCAUUAGCCUCCAACUUUAGCUUCGCUGCCCCAGCUGCCACCACAGCAAGUACUGGCUUCACAGGCUUCCAGCUGCCGGCCUCCACCCCAGCCCUCACCCCGGCCUCCACAGCAGCCUCCACCCUUCAGUUUGGAGGGGCCACCAAGCCCCAAGGAUCAGCCCCUGAGCCAGCCAAGUCUGCUACACCCACCUUACAGGCAGCCUUCUUCGCACCAAAGCCUGCAGCUGGCUUACUCCUGGGCCAAACACCCACCGUCACGGCCGCCACCACCACCACCCCUGCAGCCACCUCCUCCGGCUUCCCCACCCUCCUGGCGGGACAGACCUUAGCCGCCUCCACAACCACAGCCGCCACCACUGCCACCUUGGGACUCGGCAGCAGCACCUCCACUUUAGGACUCAGCAGCACCCCUACCCUGGGCCUUGGCAGCACCCCUACCCCGGGCCUUGGCAGCACCCCUACCCCGGGCCUUGGCACCACCCCUACCCUGGGACUUUGCAGCACCCCUUCCCUGGGACUUGGCAGCACCACCGCCCCGGGACUUGGCAGCACCCCCGCCCUGAGCCUUGCUGCCACCACCACCACCACCGCCACAGCAGCACCAACCUCCCUGCCCACCAGUACCCCCAUCCUGGCCUCCCACACCACCGCCACGAGCACCAGCAGCUCCACUCUGGCCCCAGCACCAGGCGCCGCAACAGCAGGCCUGAGUGUUGCCGGCCUUGAAGAAAAGGUAAACAAAUGGAUGUCAGAGCUGAGGGAACAGGAGGAGCGGCUCAUGCGUCAGGCAGCCCAUGUCAACGCCUGGGACCAGCUGCUCCAGCAAGGCCAUGACCAGGUGCAGCAGCUGCGCCACACACUGAACAACGUCAAGACUGACCAGAACAGGCUGCAGGCUGAGCUUGACUUCAUCCAGGGUCAGCAGCAGGAGUUGGAGCAGCUCAUAGAUCCCCUGGAGGCAGCGGCAGCGUCCACCACGCCGGCGCAGCACCAGGGAGACCGCCAGCGUGAGAACAUGCACCUCGUGGCUCAGAACCUUGACUCUCAGUUGCGGCAGAUAACAGAUGACCUGUGCAAAGUGAUCGAGCACCUCAACUCCAGCAACUCCGGGUCUCGCGCCACAGACCCGGUGAAUACGGUGGCGCGGGUGUUGUCAGCCCACAUGGACACUCUCAAGUGGGUGGACCAGAACAGUGCGCUGCUCAGCCAGAAGAUUGACGAACUCUCCCGAACCUCGGACAACAAGCGCAGGGAUUAGCCAGUGUGCGACCGGCUGGGAGACAUGGGGGGUGAAAGUGGUUGUUUCCAUCAUAAGUCCACAUUUUUAAUCGUUUCGGUAAACACAACGACACUUUCCCAAGUCCACAGAGAUUAUCCUGGUUUUCACGGGUAGUUUUGUGAUCCUAGUGAUAGUUUUACCCGACUUCUGCAUCUUGGAACUGGAAAAUUACCAUGAAAACAGGUUAAUCUCUGUGGACAGUAUUAAUCGGGGUUGUGUCCCGUCUCCUAUAAUUCCUUCCCCUUCUGUCUCUCUCCGGCAUAUGACCACAGAUGUUGCGCCGACUAAACGAAACUUUCCAACUUUCCUUUCUCUGUGGACUUGGGAAAUAGUCGUGGUGGGAUCCCAAAACGAUUUAAAAUAUGGACGAUAACGUGACUGGAUGAUACGACUGGCCAGUGUUAAGCUCGGAUGACUUUUCACUGGUUGGUUUUAUUGUAAGUCUGCUUCAGUGUGGGCCAGAUGGAUGGAUGGUAUAAGAGGUAGGAGAUGCAAGUGCCUGAAGGGUUUUCUGUUAGUGGUGGCAAGGCUUAGGGAGCAUUUGUAUUGUGUUAACUGUUUCAUGUGUACCGUAUCUCUUUCAACAUCACUAAAAAAUUGGAAAAAUGAGUGAAUACGGAAACGGUGGAGGUACAUAUCGACAGGUUUCUUUAACUUCCUAUCCUUAUGUUAUCGUUAGUGUACCAGUUAAUGUUCUUUAUAUAUUAUCUCUUUCUUUCCAUUUUCUAUCUGGACGCAGCAUCCUAUGAUUGUCCUUAUGCUUUGAAUAUACAGGAUACACUAAACUUGCCCUAUGGAAAAGCACAGCAAAGAAGAAAUGUUUAGUGUAAGAAGAUCUGAACGCAGCAUUCUUGUAUGAUUGCCCUUAUGCUUGAAUAUACAGGAUACACUAAACUUGCCCCAUGGAAAAGCACAGCAAAGAAGAAAUGUUUAGUGUGAGAAGAUACAUUUAUAUCAAUCAAUUUCAGAACCAGGCCACAAACACUUGGUGGAUUGUAUGAGUAAACUAUUAAAUGUAAGAAUCGUAUAGGUUAAUAUUAAGUUCUGCCAUUAGGUGAAGGUGUAUAUAAUUCGAUAGUUAUGACUUAAACAAAAAUCGUGUGGUAUUGCGACGCUGAGUAUCUUUUGUAUAAGAAAAUAUGAGUAAAUUUUAAAUGUAAGAAUCGUAUAGAUUAAUAAGUUCUACCAUUAGAUGAAGGUGUAUAUAAUUCGAUAGUUAUGACUUAAACAAAAAUCGUGUGGUAUUGCGACGCUGAGUAUCUUUUGUAUAAGAAAAUUGUGUGAAAAUGGCUAAGGUGCUGACACAUAUUACCCCCCCCCCCCCCCACACACACACA